CUUGGCUGGCAUCGGAAAUCUGCGUUAUCUUGCGGACAUACGCACGCUCAUAUCUGCGGACAUACGCACUGUUUUCGUCUGGUUGUUAUUCAGUGGGGAUUUGCAUAGGAAUUCUGUCUGGAGUAGCAGUCAACGGCCCAAGCAAAUUGGAUAUUCUAUUCUCCAAAGUUUAGUCCACAAAUGGGAAAGGCUUAUGCGAGUAUGCUAAAUUUAUUUGCUACCAAGAAUCUCUAAAGCAUUCCUCUAUCCCUAUCUCGGUAGUCGCAAAUUCAGGUAUUUCAAACACAUGUCUUGUUUCAUCAUCCUCGAAAUGGGUCAUUGACUCAGGUGCCACAGAUCAUAUGACUGGUAAUCCUAGUCUAUUCUCAUCAUUUCACUCACAUUUACCUACUUCCAGUGUCACUUUAGCUGACGGGUCUACCUCACCCGUUCUUGGAUCCGGUACUGUUGUACCAACUUCUACAUUACCAUUAUCGUCUGUUUUGAGUCUUCCUAAUUUUUCGUUUAAUCUGCUUUCCAUCAGUAAAAUCACACGUACUCUUAAUUGUUCUGUAACAUUUUUUCCGGGAUAUUGUUUGUUUCAGGAUCUGUUAACGAAGCAGACUAUUGGUAAAGGACAUGAGUCGGCUGGUCUUUAUAUUUUGGAUACAUCAAUCACAAAAGGUAUCUCUUGUCUUGGGGUUGGAAAUCUAUUAGAAGCUCAUUACCGAUUAGGACAUCCAUCUCUCCCACUAAUGAAG